GUUUGUGCAGCACGCAAGAGUGGAAAGCGAUUAAAUUCGAAUUUUCUGUGAAAAGUCUACAAAACAAAGAUGUCGUUCCAUCGCCGCUGUGGCAAGCGGAUCACGCUAGCCAACAACAACCGGACGGCGAUGCGGAACAUCAGUGAAUUCAACCACGGGUUGGUGCUGAGCGCCGAGCCCCUGCAAGAUGACGUCUUGUUCGAAGUUCGAAUAGACGAGAAGAUCCAUGCCUGGAGUGGAAGCAUCGAGAUUGGUGUGACUACGGUCAAUCCGGAAGCGACGGAACUACCGCCGUGUGCAACAAAGCUGCGUAAUGGGACAUGGGUGAUGUCCGGGAUUUCGGUGCUCAAGGAUGGUCUCUCGCUGAUGGAGUACUAUGGGUCGGAUCUCGACAAGCUAGGUGAGGGAGAUCGAGUGGGGGUGGUGAGGACGGCUCAGGGGGAGUUGAUUUUCUACGUGAACGGAGAAUCCCAGAAUGUUGCUGCGGUGGACAUUCCGAAAAAUGUGUAUGCUUUAGUAAAUUUAUACGGUAAGUGCGUGCAGGUUUCGAUCUGUCCUUCAGAUAGUCUGGAGUAUGGCAAUGAAAGCACGCAGGUUUCCCAAAACAUAGACAUUGCAAUGUCGGUGGAAAUGUCAGUCAGUGCUAAUGCCAAUGGGGGUGGUCCUUCUGGGUGUGGGACUGGGUUGGAUGGGAUGGAUCCAAAUGAUAAGCUACGAUUUCAUACACGGUGUGGAUCACUGGUAAAGUUAAGUGCGAAUUGCCGAACGGCGGAGAGGCGACGUCCGUUGGAUGAGUUCAACAACGGUGUUGUUAUGACUCAUCGACCUCUGAGGGAUAACGAAUUGUUUGAAAUAAGGAUUGAUCGACUGGUGGACAAGUGGUCCGGAUCGAUUGAGGUCGGUGUGACCACGCACUGUCCGUCGGCGUUGCAGUUUCCUGCUACGAUGACAAACCUUCGAAGCGGAACCAUCAUGAUGUCCGGCUGUGGUAUUCUGACUAAUGGAAAAGGUACACGAAGGGAAUACGGAGAGUUUAAUCUGGACGAACUGCGGGAAGGAGAUCGCGUGGGAAUGAUGCGCAAAUCUAACGGGAAUCUGCACUAUUAUAUCAACGGACGCGACCAAGGCGUCGCGGCAACAAGAGUUUCCCAAACUCUGUGGGGCGUUAUUGAUCUGUACGGCAUGACGAUCAAAGUUACGAUCGUUGACCGAGACGAACGUGAACAGCAAAAUUUAGUCACUAGGCGAAACAAUCUCAUGAGUUUACCCGUUACUGAACAAGAACUGAUACCACCAAGUCCUGAAGUAGACUUCGGUCACUCGGAUCGGCUGCUGUUUCAUCCAAUGUGUGGAUCUCAUGCUAGUGUAACGCAUAGUGGCAGGACGGCUCUGCGUCCCAACGCUUCGGAUGAUUUCAACAACGGAGUUGUACUGACUAGACGUCCCCUAAGGCCUAACGAAAUGUUCCAGGUUCGAUUGGAAAGGGUAGUUACCAAGUGGGCCGGGUCGGUCGAGAUGGGUGUAACAACGCACAGCUCAACGGAGCUAGAUUUCCCGUUCACCAUGACAAAUGUUCGUUCUGGGACGUGGAUGAUGACCGGAAACGGCGUAAUGCACAAUGGCAUGACUGUGAUUGAACAGUAUGGACAGAAUCUAGACCGAUUGCAGGUAGGAGAUCGUGUUGGAGUGGUUCGAAAGGACGAUGGUACUCUACACUUUUGGGUUAAUGGCGUCGACCAAGGACCGGCUGCUUCGAAUGUUCCUGAGAAGGUCUACGGUGUCAUUGAUCUGUACGGUCAAGCUGCGCAAGCAAGCAUAGUGGAUACGUCUGAGUGUGGAACUCCGGACACGGGGAAUUCCACCAUCUCCAAUACCACACUGUUCAGCAGCGAACCAAAGCUGAAGUUCCAUUCUGUUCAUGGAAAGAAUGCUCGAAUCUCAAAUGGUGGAUUGACGGCGUGCCGUCCGAAAGCGUUGGCUGAAUUCAAUGAUUCAAUCGUAUUCAGUAAUCGGCCGCUUCGUCAGCGAGAACUUUUCGAAAUUGUUCUCGAAACAGUGGUUGAUCAGUGGAAUGGCAGCAUCGAGAUAGGCGUGACCGGAAUCCGACCGGACGAGCUGAGUCUGCCGAGCACUGCAACCGAUCUCGAGCACGAUACUAUAAUGAUCUCCGGUACUACUCUGAUGCGCAACGGAGCAACGAUUCGGAAUGACCUUCCGUUCGAUUUGGAUACUCUAACGGCUGGAUCGCGUGUUGGAGUCAUGCGCAACGUAGAUAAUAUACAUUUCUUCAUCAACGGCGUAGAUCAAGGUCCGUACUAUGAAUGUAAGGCUCCGAAUCUGUAUGCCGUCAUUGAUUUGUACGGCCAAUGUGCUCAGGUCAGUAUUACAACCCCACAACCGGACAUUCGUGCUCCGUACGCAAUCAGUGAGAAUUCACAAAGUCUGCAAGCGACUUCUGUCAUUCAACCGGCGCUGGAAGCCAAGCAUCGCUGGUCUUGUAUUUCUGGAAAUGUUACACUUAUGCAGAACUGGACCUUGGCUUCUCGUUGCACUAACGCUGCUCUCUCGCAUUGCUUGGUCUUUUCCGAGCGACCGCUCGUCGUGGGAGAAACAUUUGAAAUCAAGAUCACCGAGGUGAAUCCUCUCUACGCGGGAAGUUUGAAAAUUGGCGUGACUGAUCUGAAUCUCUCGGAUGAACAUGUCCGAAAAAACAUUCCAAUCAGCAUGAAAAGAAUCCCUGCCAACGUUUGGUAUGUCAGCGGUAACGAGGUACGCUACAAUUCAACUUUGCUACAGAAAUCUCUCGCCUCGCUAGACUGGCUCAGAGUGGGAGAUCGCAUUGCUAUAGAACUGACCGCUUCACGGACCCUCAAGAUCUUGCUCAAUUCCGAGGACAUGAACAUCAGUUUCCAGAACGUUUCGGAGGAUAUAUUUGCAGUUGUUGAACUGAUGGGAUGUACAAUGGCCGUUCAAGUGAUCUCCUCUCAAGGACCAUCGUCUCCCCUUAGACCUUGUAGUCUUCGGCUACAAGAUUCGCUCGAACUUGGCCUGGAUCCAUUGAACAAACAGGACUCGAUGCUGGAGUCAAUCGACUCAGAUAGUAUAUCGUUCGAAUUUUCCGAAUGUCACGGCAAGAAUAUUCAACUGUUUGAUGACAAAAAAUCCGCUUCACGAGUUCAAUCUUACCAUCAGGGGGUUGUUUGUCUAUCCAAGCCUCUCUGCAAGGGUCACAGCAUCAGUAUUAAAAUCACUCAAAUCAAUCCCAAAUGGAAGGGAACUAUAGCGGUUGGUGCCUUGGGUGUAUGCCCCGGAACCCAUCAGUUCCCAUUUCCAGCAUCGGCUAUCCUGUUCCGGAGACCUUGCUGGAUAGCCACUCACGAUUACAUCAACAUCAACGGCAAUAAGACUCAGUCCAAAUAUGCGGAAAUCUUCGAACAAAUCCAAGUCGGAUCGAUCAUCACGCUGACGUUGACUCACGCAGGAAACUUGAGCAUUGCUUUCGGACAAACUCAGCUGGAUGAUCUGGCCGUAGGAUUGCCUCAUCACAUUUAUCCGGUAUUCGACGUGUAUGGUAAAUGUGAGAAGAUUUCGAUCGUCAAUGGCGAUGCGAAAAGCGGAAGCCCCAUUAACGAAGAAUUGGCAGCUAUGCCAGCUGGAACGAUUGCUGCUGGUAUUUCCGGUACUUCAGCGGCAGAAGUGGAAAAUAUCCCCCAGUGUGAAAAGGCAGAUUUGGAAGUACACGAAAAGGAAACCGAUGUAGCAGCCUGUGCUUCAAAUCCGGGCCCAUCUGCUAUGAGCCGUUCCGUCAUGGAUAGCGUUUCCGAAAACUUACUGAUGAAUAUAUCGAUCAAAAAUCGCACGGCCAACGAAGCGAGGAAUCAAGAUCUUACAAAUUCUUGUUGCCUGCGGGACUCGCUUCAGUUGCAACAUUCCACGAAUCUCAACAUUCAGCGCAGCCAAAGUACCCAUCGGUUCAACGCUCUCCAGGGCAGCUUUGACAGUAACCGAGGAGGCGAAUUGUCCCAAUCCGUCAACUAUGAUGAAGGCUUUGAAGAUUAUCGCUCAAGCGGCACUAGCAAUGGGCAGCCGAAUGGCUCAAAUCCUCCGCCAACGAACCAAGCUACUCAAGAGAACAACACUGAUCCAAACUAUUUGGAAGACGUGGAGGGUAACAUAGAUUUCAGCAUUCAGCUUAACGAGUCCGAAGUGGAGGAAGACAGCAACACGAUUGCAAACAAUCGUGCAAAGCUAGGACUGCCGCUUCAGGCUUCCUGUUCAACGGCCCCAGAACAUCAACCUCCGGCACCGCAAACCUCCACGACUACUAGUACUUCAACGAGCCGCCGUGCUACCAUCGUGGAAUUUGCUGACGAUCAAAUGCGAUCUUCUCGGACAAAUUCGGUAUCCUCUUCGUCCAUGCUGAGCGUUGUCGAGAACAAGGAUUGCGACUACCUUAAACUAGUGAUGGGAUUCAAGCGCACCCUGAUGCUGCCGGAAGUUUUCUUCGCCGGCGAUAGUUUCGGUUGCUUCUGCGAAGGUUGUGCUCCAUCUCUGCAGAGCUCGAUGAUUAAAGGCUGGGUGCGAUUCAAGCUCAAUCAAACGCUGAGCAGCACUUGCGCUGUCAAUACGGCAGACGACACCGUGUGGACUACGGCUUACUACAACGCUCGAGUGGAGAAGAUUCGCUCGGUUUUGGACCAUGGUCAACCGUUGCCAAUCGAAUCGUGUCAAUUUUUACCGGAUGGAUCAACGGUGGGCGACCACUUUGUACCGGGUACGCACAUCCUGCUGCAAUCGUCACCCGAUUCGAGUGAACGUUCGCAGCGGUCAUCAUUCCAUCGGUACAUGGCGAACAGUGUUUGCUACCGGAUUUGCGCUACCUUCGAGGUGCGCGUUCGAUCUCAAUCUUUGUCGACUAUAGAUUUUAGUGAAGCGGCGGCAGGUUCCAGUGAAAUAGGUUCCUCUGCGAUCAAUGGCAGCGGAAAUGGCCCACGCUAUUGGACCACUAAGGAGGCCGAUGCAUGCGUUCUGACGGCUCUGAUGGUGUUGCUAACUCCGGUUUAGAAUUACUGUUGACAGAAAAUUUAUUAAAAGU